AUACGACCUUAUGUGUUGAGAACUUAAGUACGUUACUUAAUACUGCGCACUUCAUUCAGACUAUAGCUUCGUCAUAAUGAAAAUUCACCAUAGUAAACAGAUGCGCCCACCUGGUCUGUGGGAAUGAUUUUUGGAAUCUUGACAGUUUUUGGUAUUAUUUCCUUCACAAUAACCAGGAGAAUGAAUGCUUUGUGGCAUGACGGUUCUUGGGAUCCUUCUUGGGAUACAUGGUGGCACUACAAAGAAGGCGUAAUGGGAGGUCCGAGUCAUUGGGGACAGACAGCUUUCAUGGCCAUUGCCAAUGACGUAUGGCCAGCCUGUUAUCAAGGGAAAAUGCAAUCUCCAAUCAGUAUCUCCACGAAACAUCUACUAUUUGAUCCUAACUUAGUGCCAUUGAAAAUCUCAGGUUCAGAUAAGCAAAUUGAUGUGGAGGUAGUGAAUACAGGACAAGAUUUACAGGUGAAAAUCCUCGAUUCAAUAGCAUCAAUUGUAUUCAGUGAAGGACCAUUAGUAUAUAACUACAAAUUCUUUGGAGCUUUAAUCAAAUUUGGCUCAAGAUCAGAUCGUGGUUCAGAUCACCAAAUUGAUGGUAUUGCUUUUCCCGCUGAGCUACAACUGUAUGCAUUCAAUUUUAUUUUAUACCAAAACUUUUCUAACGCACUUUCAAAACCAAAUGGCUUAGCUGUAUUAUCUGUUCUUUUUAAAAUUGGUGAUCAGUCGUCAGCUGAUUUGGAAGCAUUACUAUCUACGGCAGAGCAGGUUCAAUUGAAAGGACAAUCUAAAAGGCUUCAUGGUUUGCUGUUGGAUGCUGUUUUACCGUCUACUAUGCAAUAUAUUACUUACCAAGGCUCUUUACCAUUUCCUGCCUGUUAUGAGACUGCAACAUGGAUUUUGCUUAAUCAACCGAUCGUAAUUACAGAAACUCAGCUAAAAUCUCUUCGUCAACUUCGAAUAGCGCCAUUUCGAGGAUCAGGCAGCAUGGCUGACAAUUACCGAACCAUUCAAAAAUUGAAUAAUCGAUCAGUUCGAACAAACAUUGAUUUUAGGAAGAGUCAACCCUUCUGUUCAAUACAAGCUCAGAGGACAUAUUUUGUAGCAGCUUCAUUACCAUAAUCAUUUAACAUUCCAAACCUUUUCUUAAUUAUUCUUAUUUUUGCAUAUAUAUAAAGAACUGAUUUUCAUUUGAUCAUUUUUUAUAGGUAUUCAAAGGAACUGUUAAUAAUAUGUCUUUAUAGACUAAGCUUAUUUUAAUAUGUAAAGAAGUAUACAGUUAUUGGACAGCUUUUUUAUUUGUUUUUUUUUUUUUAAAAUCUACCUCAUCAUCAGGUAUUUGGAAUGAUAUAAAAAAGUAAUUUGAUGUAGUGAAAGAUGUACUAAACAGUUAUAUUUAGUUGUUUUCUUUGUCUAAUGCAUUUAAACAUCAGUGAUUUCACGAUAAUCAAGUUCUUCUGAAUAUUUCUGUGUAUAAUUAUAUAAAUAUCUUCAUUAUGUACGACUGUAUAUUUCUGCAUGUAUAUAUUUAUUAUUGUACACUAGAAAAUAAUAUCUUUGCUUAAUAUUACUUACAAUCAUUGUCUUUUGAUGUUUUUCAAUUAGUUAAUCAAGAGGAGAAAAUAAAUAAUUCGGAAUGCUUACGACAGUUUGUACUGAACAAUGUUCUAUAAUUAAAAUUAACAAAGAC